CGGUGAGAAAUAUUUGUUUGCUUCAACAGAAGAUCGUAAUCGAGAAAAAAAAGAUGGCGAAGACCGUAAUUUUGGCCGCAAAAUCGAUAUUAUAUGGUCUAUGAAGCCAACCGAUCUGGAAUUCUCUAUUGGAGAAAUCAGUGGCCCACCGAACCAACUCGAUCAUUCACAUUUCUUUAACGAUAAGAUUAAAAUUGCGAAAAUGUUAAAAGUUAUUAUAAAUAGGAUUGUGAAGAAGUAUGGUGGAACGGGCAUGGAUUUGAGUUUAGUAAAGUUGUAUGGCCUACAUGUGUAUUAUAAUGAAGUAGUUGUGUACGAGAUGUCGAUUCCGUUUCGCGGAUUGUACAUUUUUUGUGAAGUUAUGCUAUCGAAAUUGCCCACGAAUGAAGUUGAGAUCGGUUUGUUAUUACGAUCUGUGUCGGUGUUCCUUAAAUUCAAGGAAUUGCUUGGAAAAAGUUUAGCCGACCUGAGAAAAUAUAUUCAGGAUGCGUGUACCCGUACACCCGAUAAUAAUGAAAAUGCACACCUGUUCAUUACACUAACUGAUUUGACGCCCGAAAAAAAGAAAGUACAACUAGUAGACGGAAAAAAAAGAAAUAUGCAUCAAAAUAAUGAUAAAGAUCGUGAAAAUGGUUACCGUAAUUUUCCAUGCAAG